CUCAAAAUGGCGCCGCGGAGCCCGCCUUCCCCCCGGCGGAAGCGGGAGUGACGGCAACCAGGGCGACGAGAAGAUGGCGGCCCCCAGCCUGCUGCGCGGGGGGCUGAGGCGGCUGUUUGCCGGGCUCUGGGGACGCGGCUGGGCCUCGCCGCCGGCCCGAGCCCUCCGGGAGGUCGUGGAGGUGACUGAAGGCAAUACGACCACAAUUGAAGGGAAAAUUAUUGAGGAUGCUGCAGCACCAACUCCUCCUAACCCCUCUGGUCAGUGUCCCAUCUGUCGCUGGAACCUGAAGCAUAAGUAUGAUUACGUGGACGUCCUGCUGUUGAGCCAGUUUAUCCGUUCUGACGGAGGGAUGCUGCCGCGACGGACCACUGGCCUCUGUUUGGAGGAGCACAAGAAGAUUGCGGUCUGCGUGCAGAUGGCUCACCGUGCAGGUUUGUUGCCAAACCACAGGCCUCGACUUCCUGAAGGGCAUAUUCCCAAGAAACCCAAGCUCAACAGGACUGAAUGGCCUCUGCCCUUUGGUGGACAAACUGAAAGACUGCUGUCGCCUUCUGCGCUUUGCUCAGCGUUAGGAGGUGCUAAUCCCCUGUUUAUGGCCUCACACUCUGUUUCCAUGGGGAUGUCAGAGCGGUUUAUGAACUUUGCAUUAGCAAGCCAUGGGGUUACCAGAGGCCAUGGGGCUGUUGCUGGGAGAGCUUGGGCUGCAGGGCUUGGGGCAGCUGGAGACUCCUGCAUUUCAGAUCUGACGUUCUGCAGUGGAGACUUGAGGUCCAAAUUGUUGGUUAAAGGACAACACUGUGUAGUUGUUACCUUCCCAAAAGGACUGAAGGAUGUCACGGGUUCCUGGGUCAUCCUUGCUCUGUCAGCAAGAGGUUUCGUAGAUACGGAGUACAUGAUUCUGAGUGCUCAGCUGCCACUCCAUUUUCAGCUUCCUACUGGAAGAACAGAAAUUGGCACGGGUAACAUCCAAGUCAACCUCUCCUCCAUCACCUGAACUGAAGAAUUUGCUAUGUGUUAGGGAACAGGCAGGUUCCAUAUGAACUCCUCAUGAAUUACAAAGUUCUCAGGCUCUGUGGACACCUUUCAUCCCUUGGAGCAGAAUCUGAUUUCACUGCUAUCAGUGUUUCACGCCAGCAGCAUGUGGUUUCUCUCAUCUGCAUGGAAACUGUGCUGCACAUACCACGUGAAUUCAAAAGCAAAGAGCCAGAGCUGCUGCAGGUAUCUGACCCGUUGGUCUGUCAGAUCUGCAAAGCCCAUCUGGAAGAGAGGCCCUAAGUGGUGCAAAGUUCCCAUGCCAGUUGGACACCCCUUGCUGAAGGAUAAUGUCAAAUAUACACACAAGUCUCUUAAUUUCAACCACUAGGGUCCAGAACUGGCAUAGUCAAUGAGUACAGCUGUUUUACACUGUUUUUU